CACGGCAGGUGGCCCCGGACUCGAGCUGCAGCCAUGGGAAACACCACCAGCGACCGGGUGGCUGGGGAGCGCCACGGCGCCAAGGCUGCACGCUCCGAGGGCGCCGGCGGCCAUGCGCCGGGUAAGGAGCACAAAAUCAUGGUGGGGAGUACCGACGAUCCCAGCGUCUUCAGCCUGCCGGACUCCAAGCUCCCUGGGGACAAAGAAUUUGUAUCAUGGCAACAAGAUUUGGAGGACUCCGUAAAGCAUACACAGCAGGCCCGGCCCACUGUUAUCCGCUGGUCUGAAGGAGGCAAGGAGGUCUUCAUCUCUGGGUCCUUCAACAAUUGGAGCACCAAGAUUCCACUGAUUAAGAGCCAUAAUGACUUUGUUGCCAUCUUAGACCUCCCUGAGGGAGAGCACCAGUACAAGUUUUUUGUGGAUGGACAAUGGGUUCAUGAUCCGUCAGAGCCUGUGGUUACCAGUCAGCUUGGCACGAUUAACAAUUUGAUCCAUGUCAAGAAAUCUGACUUUGAGGUGUUUGAUGCUUUAAAGCUAGAUUCAAUGGAAAGCUCAGAGACAUCUUGUCGAGACCUUUCCAGCUCUCCCCCAGGGCCUUAUGGUCAAGAAAUGUAUGUGUUUCGAUCCGAGGAGAGAUUCAAAUCCCCACCCAUCCUACCUCCUCACCUUCUUCAAGUUAUUCUUAACAAGGACACUAAUAUAUCUUGUGACCCAGCCUUGCUUCCCGAGCCCAACCAUGUUAUGCUGAACCAUCUCUAUGCAUUAUCCAUUAAGAUAAAGAAACUAAGGCUCAGAGAAGGUCAUAUUGCCAGACAGUGUGAUGGUCCUUAGCGCAACCCAUCGCUACAAGAAGAAGUAUGUCACUACUCUGCUGUACAAGCCCAUCUGAAGGGAUCCCUUCCUGCCUCCGGGAUUCAAGAGAAGCAUCUCCCUUGCCUUUCUGGACUGGACCAGUCUUCACCAGAGACUGGAAGGCUAACUUGCUUUGAGGCUGAUGCGUGUGUUUCAGAGCCUUUGAGUAGGAUGCUCUGCUUUUGCAUCUGAUUGCAGAUGAGAGCUUUAUGAGUUCAUGGAAUUUAUUUUAAGAAAAAAAAAUUAUAUAUAUAUACAUAUACAUAUAUGAGAGGAAGGUUAAUGGAAGCCUCCUAGCUAGAUGUGUUCUCUCUGCCUAUGGGGACUCCCCAAGACCUGUUUGGGGGAGCCGCAGGAAGGACCGUUACAGAAAGCUUGUUUCUUAAAAUGAACGAAGAGCCAACUCUCAGGAUCCUUGUUGGGUAGAGAUUCUGUCACUGCUACCUUGGCUCUCCAAAGAAUGGGCUUGUGCCAGACUUCUGCCCUACUUCCAGCUGCCUCCUUGGCAGGGGCAGCUUUCCUUGCAUGGGUUCUCUGUAUUCCUAGAGUGUGUGGCACAGUCUGUGCUUUUUAUGAUAACCAGAUGCCCCACAGGAACCCUUUCCCUUCUCAUUUCACAUUCUUGCUUUGAUAACCUCCUUCCGAUCCUAUACCUGACCCUUCCCUAACAACAAAACUCACUGGCAGGUGACCCCUUUCAAAGGCUAUGUAAGACCUGACCCACCUCAGAGACUAGGGCUGCCAGAAAGUCUCCUUUUUUAGCCCAGCACAGGCCCAGGCCACUUUGUUACCACUUGUUUUAACUUCUACUAAAGAAAAUAGGUCUCAGCGUUGUAAGGAAGGCGGAACGCGGAAGGUCUACUUUCUUGUGUUAGUUUAGUGCCACGGCUUAGGCUGUCUUGGCACGUUCCCGUCAGUUUUCCCACCUGGCCUGGCCCUGCUUCCAUAUUUUCUUUCACAGAUCAGACACCUUUGAAGAUGGGAGUGGAACCAGGGAAUGCUUUAAUGUCUUUCAUCCUUGGGAGAUUUUUUACGUGCCUACAUUUUUCUUUAAUUAAAAAAUGCCUUUUCAUUGUUCUUAAGAGACUACAUAGGAGAACUUUAGGCCCUUGAUAAAUGGUUCCCAAGAUUUUCUUCAACAAGAAAGUAGUAGUCUAGUCCUCUACAGUCUUACAUUAAUGUGACCAACCCCAUGCACAUCAUUACACUAAACACUGUUCUAGAUACAGAUUCAGGUUCACUGGGUGCACCUAAAAAUUUCUUUUAACUUCAAGAUCCAUGACGCCAAGAAGCAGGAAAGUAGCCCUGGUGUUCUAACCGUGAAUAGUAUUGCUUCCCUGUACCAAGUGCUAAUGGAAAAUCACUUUGUCUUUCUCUUUUUUAAAAGUGUUUGAUGAUGAAGCGAGGUCAGUGACUUUCAUUUGUGGAAUGAAAAGUAGCUACUCAUUCCACUCUUGAAAUGUUGUUCAAAGAUAAAACUUUUUUCCCCCAAAUAUCUGUGGCUCUUCCAUUACAGAUAAAUGCAAGUUAAACAUUCAACUCUGAAGGAGGCCAAACUUGUUGCUUGAGAGACACCUUCACUGUUAAGAUGUGUCCAGCCGCACUGAAAGGGCGCACCCAUAGGUCAGUUUAGCUACCUCCUGUCUUUCCUAUUCAAAGCUGAUGACACAGUUGUCUUCGGGUUAUGUAGACCUGUUAGAUCCUGGGAGGGAGGCAGUAGGGCAUUGGGGUGGUGGUUUUGCUGGGAAUGUAAAUUGUUAAGUGCUUUGAUGG